AGCAGGCGCAGUUCGGGCUCGCUGCCUCGGGCGGGCCUGAUGUGCGGAGCAGGCGCAGUGCGUUCCCUCUGUCUAGCUCUUGCCCGCCGUCCGGAGCAGGCGCAGUGCGGACCCGCUGUCCGGAGCAGGCGCAGUGCGUCCCCUCUGUCUAGCUCUUGCCCGCCGUCCGGAGCAGGCGCAGUGCGUUCCCUCUGUCUAGCUCUUGCCCGCUGUCCGGAGCAGGCGCAGUGCGGACCCGCUGUCCGGAGCAGGCGCAGUGUGAGCUGCCUGUCCAGCAGUGAAUGCAGGAAGAGUGCCAGCUGUGCAAAGGCUACUGAGGGGGAGGAUGAUUUUGAAAUGGAAAUCUCAAACCAAACCGAACAUCAGUUCAUCGGGAACUGAACGUGUGGGCCUUUGAGGGGAACCUCAGUUCUGUUUGCUUCAGACUGGUAAAAGCAACAAACACACACCUGAGUGACAGUUUCACAGUGAUUUGACCGUGGGUAGAGGUUUACCCAUUGGACGGGCGAAAGAAAUCGCACCGAGCACAUGUUCUAAGGGCACUCCCUCCAUGGAGAAACCGUGGAAAUGUGGGGACUGCGGGAAAGUGUUCCCAACACCGUCCGCGCUGGAAACUCACCGGCGCAGUCACACGGGGGAGAGGCCGUUCACUUGCUCAGUGUGUGGGAAGGGAUUCACACAGUCGAGCCACCUGCGAUUGCACCAGCGGGUUCACACUGGAGAGAAGCCAUUCACCUGCUCGGUGUGCGGGAACGCUUUCCGUGACUCGGGCAGCCUUCAGAAGCACCAGCGAUUCCACACGCGGGAGAAGCCGUUCACCUGCUCUGUGUGCGGGAAGGGAUUCGGUCAGUCGUCCAGUUUACGCAGACACCAGAGCAGCCACACUGAGGACAGGCCUUACAAAUGCUCUGACUGCGGGGCUGCUUUCAAGAGCUCCUGGGACUUGAUGCUGCACCAGCGCAUCCACACUGAGGAGAGGCCAUUCGGCUGCUCCCACUGCGCCAAGAGGUUUAAAACGUCGUCUGAGCAGCAGCGACAUCAGCGGGUUCACACUGGGGAGCGGCCGUCUGUCUGUCCCGUCUGCGGGAAGGGCUUCGUUCAGUCCUCUGGCCUGCAGAGGCACCGGCGGGUCCACACCGGGGAGAGGCCGUUCAUCUGCUCCGUCUGUGGGAAGGCCUUCACCCAGUCCACCAACCUGCGGACCCACCAGCGCAUUCACACCGGGGAGAGGCCGUUCUCCUGCUCCGAGUGCGGGAAAGGAUUCACUCAGCUGUCCAACAUGGUGUCGCACCAGCGCGUUCACAAGUGAUUGCGGGGUUGGGGGAGAUGGAGGUUGGUUUGAUUCUGCCUGAGAGCCACAUCCGGGACUCGACCCUGCUCACUUUGACAUUGGGAGAGGAGGGGGCGGAGGGUUCGGACAAGCCGCUCUCUCACCCACUUUACUUCCAGAGGGGGCUGACACUCUCUGAGUCUGGGACUGCACCUUCCCUAUGGAAACGAUCCGCAGGAACACAAGAAGGACAUUUUGUAUUGUGGAUGGAGCAUAUUAUUUGUCCGACCACUGCAGUUAGAUCGGAAAUAGACAUAUUUCCGGGAAAUAGACAUCUCUGGGAGAAAGU